GGACCCCUCCGAGCACCUGUAGGCUCACUUCACACAGCGCGACAGCCCGGAUUUACAAAGUCAAAUCAGUCCAACAUGACCGAAGCCACCUGGAAGCGGAGCCCCGCUGCGACAUAGACGCGUUCAGGUGCGUCAAUUAGGUCCAUUAUAUUCUCGAAGAAAAAGGAUAACGGAUUUUUUUUUUCAAAAUGAUUUAUUAACAGUGUGAUUUUUCACAUGACGACCUACGUUUUAAAGACAUUUACAAAUACUCCACACGAUCUUCAUUAAAUGUGCCAUCUUCAUUGGAUGCUUGAUUUGAGGAGGAAAGCGGAGGAUCUUGCGGGAUAUAACGAUGCAUCUCACAGCCGUGGUCGUCAUUUUGGUCGCGACGGGAAUCGCCAAAGGUUGGGAAUGCAGCGCUGGUUGCAACACAAUAAAUGGGUUCUGUGAGAAGCCGGGGAAGUGCAGGUGCAAACCGGGAUGGCAAGGAUUUAAUUGUGAGCAGUGCGUGCGCUUCCCAGGCUGUCUGCACGGCGCAUGUGAGAAGGCAUGGCAAUGUGUCUGCGAGGACGGCUGGGCGGGCAGCCUGUGUGACCAAGAUACUCGACGUUGCUCAUCCAGGCCUUGUGCUGGCAAUGCCACCUGCAUAGAGACGGGGGAGGGCAGAUACCUGUGCAUCUGUCCCCACGGCUACGCCGGGGAAGAUUGCAUACGGAAGAGAGAACUGUGUCUCACAAACAGCUCUCCUUGUCAGAACGGGGGCACAUGCGCGUUUGACGAUGGCUCGGCAGGUUACUCUUCCUGUUUAUGUCCCCCCGGAUCGUCUGGAGAAUUUUGUGAGAUCAGCGUUGACAGCUGCCAGCCGAACCCCUGCCUCAACGGCGGCAACUGCACCGGCCGCGGCCUGGGUUUCACGUGCGUCUGUCCGAUCGGCUUCGCCGGUUUCACCUGUAACGACACCAGCCACUCGCCGUGCGCCGGCAGGCCCUGUGCCAACGGGGGGAUGUGUGUCGGCCAGCCCGACGGAACCUUCCGGUGCAUUUGCCAGAAGUGGUUCACGGGCCCCACCUGCUCCCUGCAGCACAGACCGAAGGCCAGGCCCAAGCCGGCCGGCGCCAAGCCCGUGGACCACAGGGUGUUCGCGCUGACUCCGCAGCACUACUCCCUCCCCGCUCACACCUUCCACAAGCUUCUCAGACCGCCCGAGAGAGACCUGCUCAAGAUCACCCUGAAGGAGACGGUCCACUCCCCGGGCGUCCUCGACACCCACGGCCAGCUCAUCUGCUUCGGCAUGCUGGCCUUGCUCACCUGCAUGGUUAUCCUGGGCACUAUGGGCAUCGUGUUCUUUGGCCGCUGUGAGACGUGGCUGGCUAACGCCAAGUACAGCCAGCUCGUCCGUCAGCAAAGGGAGCACCUGCUGAGAGACGCCGGCAGCGCGAGCCAGGAGGAGCAGGGCCACUCGGUGAACGUCAUCCUGCCGGAGAAGAUUAGACUCACCAGCUUUGGGAGACACUACACCUCCAUCUGAUUGAAUCACCUCCGCCUCGUCCGCCUCUCCCUCCGAAAGGAGUUUAAGAAUAAACGUGGUAAAAAUGUCCCAAAGAACAUACCACGACUGUUGUACAGUUGUGUUAAUAAAGUGAGAGGUAGUAGGCCACACUGUAGUAUAAUGGAAUGUCUAAUCGGAUUGAUAAACCGUGACACUGGAUUGUAAUUAUUUGUAAUUGUAAGAUUGUAAUCUAACUUUUAAUAUCGUAAUGUUAAGAUACCCAUUAAAACCCUCAAAGAUGUUAUUUAUGCCUGGUAAAAAAAGAUGCCAUUGUGUCGUUGUUUUGAUUUCACUAUUGGGAUUCAACUGCUUUGUAACGUGUUAUUUCAUAUUACUGAUUUCUCUUUUUGUUAAAGGUACAUUUUAAGAGAUAGGGACCUUUUCGAUUGUCUCUCAUGGCUCCCAACAUGACGAUAGUGAUGCUAACACUACAAACUGCAUGGAACCGCAGAUAAGGUGCUUUGCUUUCAUCACAACGCUAGCGGUGGGGAAAACGUCCUCAGCUGUAACUGCUGUGUGAGCCGCCGCCGUGAGCGAACCAGUAGUGCACGCUCACAUGCAUAUGAAGCACACGGGCAUGGCGUGGCUAUAUGUCGAGAAAGCAGCGAGUAGCGGAGAGUAAAGCACAUGUGGAGGCGAAAUAACUACUUUCUCAGCUCAGGUAUGCAUUAUUCCACUGAUAUCUUUACAAAGAAAGUAGCUGUUCAAUGCCAUUAAUGCUCCGUAUCUUAUACAUUUCAACAUGAACUAAUUGUUUUCAGUUUUCAUAACCCUGACUCAAACUGAAGCAUUUAAUCAACUACAAAAUAUGUAGACAAAAAUAUCUAAAGUGUAUUUUUUGUUUUCACCACUUUAGUCAACCAUACCCGUUGUCUGCUACUCAAAUGUGACCACUUGAAACACUGAUGUCUUAUUUCAUAGUAAACGGAAUGGCAUUGUUGCUUAUAAAACUAGCUUUCAAAGUAGUUGAUCUUAGACAGCAGGAUAUUUCAACGGGCACUUUUCACUAAUUCGGGAUGAGACAAUAAUUUUGAGAUCAACAAGAAAUAAAUGUAAAUGUUCUCUCCUUAGAGCGGAAUGGGAAUUUUCCAUUUAAUUUAUUAGAUAUUAUUAUAUGCCACCUCAGCAGUGGUAAAUGAACACCCUGCAUAUCAUAACUCUUUUCAUGUAAAGGUAAUUGUACAGUGUGAACCUGGAGGCAUUCUCUCGAAUACCAUCCGAUUUUCUCCCUCUGCAGAUGAAUCACCUGAUGUUGCCAUUAAAGAUAUUUUCAUAGAGGUUAAGACAGUUUAUUUCAUAGUUAAUCUUUCUAUUUUCUAGCAUGUAUGUAUUUGUAUGGAGGACAUGAAUCUUCACCUGUAUCACAAUCACAAACUCAUUUACAGUGUUUCAGCGCUGCUAUUAAUGUUGGAAUUUCAUGCCAUACAGGAAAUAUCUUCCAGCCCAUUGAUAAUGCAACAUCUGUCCCCUUUGUUGUCGGUUUGUCUCAUCAUGUAUGAUGUGAUGAGACAGCUACUUAUGAUUGAGGCGAGGAGCGGUUCCAUGAAUCCUCAAUAUAUAAUAAAUAUAUAUAAUAUGUCGACCAGUAAAGAUAAAGUGGAAAGCAUAUUUUAAUGCAAAAUAUUCAAAUGAAUCAACUGCUGACAUGAGGAUUACAGUGAUUUCUUGUUAGUCUCACAAUGAUUGACCCAAAUUCCGCCUCAAUCCAUCGUGUUAGUAGAUGAUCAUCUGGUUAGAUUUCAUAGGGUGGUUAUCUUGUGCUUUUCUCAUGCAAAGGCUUACAGGUUGUGAAUUACAUUGUGCAGUCGUAAUAUAUGAAUGACUUAAAAUGUGGCAUUUCUACAACGGGUAGUUGCUGUAACAGUGCAAUACUUAUCAAUAUUUACUCAAGUCUGAGAUUACCUGCUGUUGGGUUUUGGAUAUUUUUUGUUGUCUGUUCAUUGUUUGUAUUAAAUAUGGUAAAUAUAAAAUCCCCA